CCGUCACUCGUUAAAGAGCAGCGACUAAGAGACCGUCGACCAUGUUGUGAAGAAGCACAACAAAAGACGAGUGGAUUUAAGUGAAUUCAGUCCAUUUAGAAAACACAGUCGAGAUCGACGUGGUUGAACACAUUUAUACAGAAGAAAUCGUCAGCAGGCCGAGUGAAAGGUCUGUUUGCAUGACCACACUUAAUAAGGAGACUUACGUACACGCUGAAAAGCAGGAGCCGGACACUGGAGAGUUGUACGCAAAGGUCUUUCCCUUUCAGACGUCUGUUUCCAGGGAGCACUGCUUUAUGCUGGAUGUUGCAUUGAAUCACCAUCACCAGGGAUUGACUUUUUCUUAUUCUUGGGGACACAAAUAGUGAAAAAGUGACAAACUGCAAAGGAAAGGUCACCUGAUCCAGCAUAAAUACAUUCAGGACAAAACAAACGAACCAAAACAGAGAGAUUGAACUUUUCCUGAUUAGAAGAGAAACAUCUUUCACUGUUCUGUUGCAGGACUCGAACCUUCCUCUAACCUGCAGGCGUAUAAUUUUCUAUACUCUGAGCAGGUGUAUAUAUUUAUGCAUAUAAAUGCUUAUUUCUCUUCGUUCGGAAGAGUUUUUGUGUUAAACCUACUUCUGUGACGUCGGUGGCUCUACUUUGAAGAGGUUGCACUGUACAUGUACAUAGAUGUGUAUGUUUGUAAAUGUUAGACAAGCUAUUUGAGACUAUAUCAUAAUGUUGUAAAUGUUUUAUUAGAACUUUUAUAGACCAGUUGUGUAAAAAAAAAAAAAAAAAAAGGCAAAAAGCAAUUAAGAUAACUGGACACCUUUUGGUGAAACUUGUACGAAGAAGAAGAAAAAAAAGACGAGACUUGAUGGCUACUGCGAAGAUGGAGAACGUCGGCGCUGUUUUAAUGGGGCUCAGUAAGCAGAACGGACAGCUGAGAGGACUGAGCUCUCAGUCAGGAACCGCCAUUCAGAGCAACCCAUUUGCAAGAGGCCCGAAACCUGCUGGAGACUCACAGGAAGGACCUGGAAUCAGGUUUGGUGAAGACUGGAAAAAGAGCCUGCAGCUUCCACCCAAAGACAACCGAGUGAAAACUUCAGAUGUGACGGCCACAAAGGGAAAUGAGUUUGAAGACUACUGUUUAAAGAGAGAGUUACUCAUGGGGAUCUUUGAAAUGGGCUGGGAGAAACCAUCCCCGGUCCAGGAGGAGAGCAUCCCUAUUGCUCUCUCGGGUCGUGACAUCCUGGCUCGUGCCAAAAACGGAACAGGGAAGAGUGGAGCGUACCUGAUACCCAUGCUGGAGAGGAUAGACCUGAAGAAAGAAUACAUCCAGGCCUUAGUAAUGGUGCCCACUCGUGAGCUUGCACUACAGGUCAGCCAGAUCAGCAUUCAGCUCAGUAAGCAUCUCCAUGGACUCAAAGUCAUGGCCACCACCGGCGGAACAAACCUACGAGACGACAUCAUGCGUCUGGAUGAAAUCGUCCAUGUUGUCAUCGCUACACCAGGCAGGAUACUGGACCUGAUCAAGAAGGGUGUAGCAAAAGUGGAUAAAGUUCAGAUCAUGGUCAUGGAUGAGGCUGAUAAGCUGCUCUCCCAGGACUUUGUGGUGCUCAUUGAGGACAUCAUCAGCUUCCUGCACAAGAACAGGCAGAUCUUGUUGUAUUCUGCCACAUUUCCCGUCACUGUGCAAAAAUUCAUGGCGAAACAUCUAAAAAAGCCUUAUGAGAUUAAUCUGAUGGAAGAGCUGACUCUGAAGGGCAUCACGCAGUACUAUGCCUACGUUACUGAAAGGCAGAAGGUGCACUGCCUUAACACGCUGUUCUCCAGGCUGCAAAUCAAUCAGUCCAUCAUCUUCUGUAACUCGACACAGAGAGUAGAGCUGUUGGCUAAGAAAAUUACUCAGCUUGGCUAUUCCUGUUUCUACAUCCAUGCCAAGAUGAUGCAGGAGUACAGAAACCGUGUUUUCCAUGAUUUCAGAAACGGGUUGUGCAGAAAUCUGGUCUGUACAGAUUUGUUCACGAGAGGCAUCGACAUCCAGGCAGUGAACGUGGUCAUUAACUUCGACUUUCCCAGGAACUCAGAGACGUAUCUGCAUCGCAUCGGGCGCUCAGGGAGGUUUGGUCACCUGGGUCUGGCCAUUAACCUGAUCACAGCGGAGGAUCGCUUCAACCUGAAAGCCAUUGAGGACCAGCUGGUGACUGAUAUCAAGCCCAUCCCCGGCAGCAUCGAUAAAAGUCUGUAUGUGGCCGAUUUUCACACAACCAAUGAUGAGGCAGAGGAGCAGGAAACGGCUGAAGAACCCUAAAGAACCUUAAAGAACUGGACAAGUCAGUGCCACAAUGAAGCUGUGUGGAAAUGGAUGGAUGGAUGGAUUUGGGUUGUGUGUGUGCGCGCGCACACGUGUGCGUGCCUAAUAUUAGUGAAAUCCUUCACUUUUACUUAAGCUGUAUGAAACUCUGUUCUGUUGCUUUUUUUUUUCUCUGUAGGCUUUAAACAUUACUUUAUAGAUGCUCUCCUCAGGACAAACCUGGCUUUGCACAAAUAUCAGCUUAAGCGCCCACACACACACACACACACACACGAGCAGUUGGGCCUUGAUUGUUCAGUGGUAUCUUUGUGUUUACUUUAUAAAAAUUCUUUAAGGACUGUAUCACUGACUGAGCCGAACACGUAUUAUGCUUUGCACCAGAAAAAAGACCUAUAAAGAACAAACCCUACAUUCCUGCGUUCACUUAAGAAGUUAACAAAAAGCUUAAACACCCUUUUUGGUUUUUUUGUCCCUCCCCUUAUUUUCUUCCCCACACAGUGUGGAGUGGAUAUUUAGCAUAAUUAAGAUCUGAAGGAUUUUCAUAUCAAACAAGAAUCUUAUAAAUACUGCAAAAUGCAUCGUUUGCAAAGUUCACUCAAGGAAUAUAAGCCUGAAGGCCACAAGCUACAGAAGCUCUCUCUCGCGCUCUCUCUCUCUCUCUCUUUUUCUUUCUCUCUUUCGUUCUCACUGAAGUACAGAAGCUUUCUCUCUCUCUCUUUCUUUCUCACUGAAGUGCCUUACUGCAUUAGAUGCAACAGUUUAGUUUGUAGAGAUUGCAUUGAAGCCGUAGUGGUGCUACUACACCAUUACAGAUGCGUCGUUUCCACAUCUGCUCCAUCAUGCAUCAAGGGACAACGUGAUGAGUUUUUGGCGUCUUCCUGGGCUAUGAAGAAAUACAGCAAAUCUCAAGAAACUGGGGAGAGAAAAAAUAUCCGCCGCUCAGAAUGUUGACGAGAAGCUGCAGCAUAAAUAAUCUCAAAUUAUUAUUAUUAAUAUUAUUAUUUUUUUUAAAGGCUCCGAAGGAAACUUGUUCAUCGUCGCAAUAAGUCAUGGCAGCUAAAAAAUAUCUUUUAAUGUUUCAAUUUUCUAAUUUAAAAAAAAUGAUUAAAACAUUCCUAGACUAGGUCGAUUUGUUUAUCAGGAGAGAGAGAAAGGGGGGGGUAAGGGGGUGGCUGGUGCAUUUGCAGGUCAUUUUGAGGUUCUUUCUCUCUUUAAUAAAAGACGUCUUUGUGCAAAGCAUCAAAACCGUAAUAUAUUUCUUUAAUAUAUGUCUGUUGCCAGGUUAAUAAUAAUAAUAAUAUUAAUAAUAAUAAUAAACUGGCUCUUUACAGAAUAACUGGUUAAGAGCAAAUGUAUAAAAACAUGUUGUAAAUGACUCAACGAAUGUGUUUGAGCGGCUCUCCUCGAUCUCAUGCGGCGCUUUUCCUCGGUUGAAGAUAGAAAACAAACUGUAGCACCUUUUAAUAUUGUGGCAGCUGUGAUCAUUUCCUGCUUUAAAUACUCAUUUCCUCUAAAUCCCCCAACCCUUGAUGUGCGACAACGCCAUAGUUGUGUGCAGCGUUGUGUCCUUUACUGCUGAACCCAGAGUACAGUGGUCAGCUCUUAACACCCAGCCUGGUCACUUACACAGUGACACGAUCUGUUCAGGGCGUUUGUCAGAAGCGUCUUUUUCAGCUCUGGUGUAAUCUGUUGUACAUCAGAGUUUUAAUAAAACCCACCCUGGUGUUGGUUCUCCCCUCUGUAGUAGUGUGUCCUGUAACUGUCGGGGGGGAAAGGGCUUCUUUUUCUCUGUGUGUGUGUGUGUGUGUGUGUGUGUGUGUGUGUGUGUGUGUGUGUG